CCGGCCCCGCUCCUCAUGGCGGCGGCGGGCGGGACGCGGCGGGGCGCCCGGCUGAGCGCGGCGGCGCUGCUGGCCCUGCUGGCCCUGCUGGCGCUACUGGCCCUGAGGGCCGGGCACGGCGGCGAGGGGCGUGCGGGCUCCCCGCGGCUGCCGCCGGGCUUGCUGGAGGAGCUGCGGCAGCGGCAGCGGGACCUGCGGCGCCUGGCGGCGGCGGCGGGCGGCGAAGCGGAGCGGGGCGGCGGCGGCGGCGGCGGGCUGGGCUGCGGGGACCUGAGGGGGGCGACGGGCGGCGGCGUGCUGGGCUCGGGCUUCACCAAGGUGGUGGAGCGGGCGGCGCUGGCGGGCGGCGGCGGCGCCGUGGCUCUCAAGUCGGUGCACGGCGGCGGGCGGGAGGUGCGGCAGUGCGAGCAGCGCUACGGGGCGCCCGCCGGCUGCCGCCGCCUGGCCGCAUACAAGCUGCUGAAGGAGGUGGCGCUGCUGCAGCGCCUCAGGCACCCCGGCAUCGUGCAGCUGCGCGGGCAGUGCUACGACAGCGGCGGCGAUCCCGGGGCCGGGGUCACGGCCGUGCUGGAGCUGGGAGCCCCCCUGGAGAUGAUCCAGCUGCUGCAGACCCCCUGGGAGGAGAGGUUUAAGAUUUGCCUGGGCCUUGUGAAACUGCUGUUUUACUUGGCACAUUCCCCCCUGGGUUCAAUAGUCCUCUUGGACUUCCAGCCGAGGCAGUUUGUUAUGGUAGAUGGAAACCUAAAAGUGACAGACAUGGAUGAUGCCAGCACCGAGGAGCUGUCGUGCAAGGAGGACAAUGACUGCACACUCGACUUCCCUGCAAAAAGCUUCCCUCUCAAGUGCUCUUCAGCUGGGAAGUGCGAAGGAAUGAAUGAGAAGAAGAACCUUUUCAAUGCAUAUCGGUAUUUUUUCACCUAUCUUCUGCCACACUCUGCACCACCAGCUUUGCAGCCCUUCUUGAGUGAUAUUCUCAACGCAACAGGUGAUUUACGAUAUGGAAUAAAUGAAACCGUGACAGCUUUUGAGAAGGUUUUACAUCUGUACAAGUCUGGGCUCUAUCUACAGAAAAGACCUCUCCUUUUAAAAGAGUACAUCUCCCUAAAGGGCUUCCGGACGGUGGAAGCAGAAGACUACAAGUGCUGGCCCUCCUACAGCCACCUGGGCUGCCUGCUGUCCAUUCACAGCCCCGAGGAAGCCGCUGCAAUUUGUAACUCCCAGUCGCAGUGUCAAAGCUUCAUUGUCACCCAGCAGAGGACGUGGACAGGACGCUCACUCGCCUCAUUUCAGAGUAGCCCGACUGAUUUAAUACCGGAUGCUAAUGCUGUAGUCUAUAUUAAACGAUCAGCUUCCUCAGGGAAAAGACUGUAAAGACAAUGAGAUCGCAUAAAAUGAUCCUGGGAGGAACAAACCACUGGGGAGAAUUUAAUCUACUGAAAAGAAUGACACAUUUUAUUUUGCUUUGGGAUGUGAUCUCCCUGCCAGCUCCGAUUGAGUCAAAUGCUGCUGUCUCCUUGAUCAAAGCUCCAAUUCCUCAUUGCAGAAUGCCCCCUUCCCCACAGCCCCGCUAGCUUGUUUAGCUGUUCCCACACUGCUGUUCCGCAUAAACGCUCUCAGUUUUAGUCAAAUGUUGCCAGACUCUGCAAUACCUAGCCUUGCUGCUUCAGUAACCAGCUUGGCAGCCGAGAAAUAAAAAUAACUGCAAGGGACCCGGCUGGAGUAAGCCGAGUGAGUUCAGCAGGCUCCAAAAAACCUACGAACAACGUACCCUGGGGAAUGCAGCGGCUCCUUCCACAGCUGCCAACGAGGAUUUCACACCACUGCACAUGUAAGGGGCCAGGCUUCAGCCACGGGGCUGAGGUUGCAGGGUUGGGAUCUGUAACCAGAGGUUGAUGCUGGGGGUGGUUUUCCAGGGAGGGUCUUGAUUCAGUUCCUUUGGGGGCAGAGGAGGGAGGCAGUGGGGAGGUCAACUCUGGAAUCCAGCGCCAGGAGGCUUGGAUGCAGGACGUGUGAUUUGUGAUGCCAGCUCCCAUGUAUCAACCUUGAAGGUUUUUCUCUGUUACUUUCCGUGAAAGAGCGAGACAUUCAAAUUAUUUAUGUAUAAAGUGUUACUCUGUAUGGCAAGGAAUUACUGUGUUUAUUCUAAGCAAGCUGUGAACAGUUUUUCUUUUUUUCAUUGCCUAUGUUUCAAUGCAACCGAAAGCAAAAUGCAAGUGUUCCCCACCUUCAGCCCGCCCAGCAUCGUUGCCCACUCCUGAGGACAACACGUGAGCGUGCUCAGCAGUGCAUGAACGUGCCCAAGCCCCUUGGAUGCUCAGGUCUUGGAGGACACUGGCUGCGCUUGCAGGUCUGGAAAAGAAGGUCCGGUCUCAGGAGCCUCCUGCGUCUGCCCUUCGUUACAAAUAGGGGUGCAGCCUCUAAAGCAUAGGUAGGGAUUAGUACAAUUUCGGGCUGUGAGAGAUGGCUACAUAACUUGCUGCUGUCAGGAGCAUCGGCAAGCAGUGACCUUUUAUUUUCUAGUGGAUUUGGGAAAAGCCCAACUCUCUGCUGAGCUCAUCCUGCUGCAUGGGCAGGUUCAUAGCCACAGGCAGGAGAGCUGCACUGCAAUAUCCGUGGGAUGCAGAGCUGAAUUUUCCUCCUAGCCGCCUGGAAAAGGCUGCUCUCAGGACACCGAUUGGUGUCUGAGCUCCUGCCUGGCAUCAUGCUGUGUUUUUCAUGAGCUGCUCCUGGGAUUCCUAUUGCAGGUGCUCACCUUUAAGCUCAUUAGUACUCUAUUAACGCGAAGCAAUGGCCAUUGCGUGGGGGCUUUCUCAUGGAAGCGUAACCCCUGCUGCUUAACACUGAGGCUCAGGGGCUCUGAUAGCGAUAUCAAUUAAUGAGAGUUCCUGUUAGCACAACAAGAAGGCUCUUCUUGCUGUGAUUGCCGCAUUGCUGCAGGCUUUGUGAAGGCAAGGCUUUGAAAAUGGACAGCCACAGACAGUUCUCUCUAUUACAGUGGGUCCUGUGGAAAGGUCCUGCCAGGGGUUCUCUAUUGUUUCACACUGAGCUCGCCAAGCAGGGCUUCAGGCAUCUGCUUUGGGGUUGCUCUGCGUUAGCAAGAGGUAAUGAGAGUUUAUUCCAUAUCUCUCAACCUCAGGAGAUACGAAUCAGAUGUACGUUCCCCAGAGCGAGGGCAAGUGCCAGCCCGGAGUCAUUUCAGCGAGGGAGAAACAGGAUGGGAACGUUCAGAAGUUGUAGUGAUUCCAGGCUGUGUUAGGAAGGUCCUCCUGGCUUCAAAAUCUCUCCUGGCAAAAGCGCAGGUUCUGGGAAUGCCAUGAAUUCUAGUCAUGCAGCGCUCCUUUCAUGUAGCAGCUUUUUCCACGGAGGUUUGAUUCCACGAUUCCCUGCAAAUCAGAGUCAGGUCCGGCCCACCAGCAGAUGGUGCAGGGCACGGCGGGGUGCUUUGUGUAAAGGCAGGUUCCAGCGUCAGACCCGCAGUUCUCAGAGCCUGGGGGCAGGCACUACCCCGUCCCGUCGUGAACAUUUUGAGCACAGGGUGCUUAAUAACAAACUGUUAAUAACAAGGG